AUGUCCUUGACUUUGACUUUGACUUUGACUUCAUCCUCAGUCGAUUUUACCGAAUCGCCCCUCGACAAAUCCAUGGAUGGAGGAGAUUUCGCUAUCCUCAAGAACUUAAUCACUUUAUGGAAAGCCGAUAAUCUUAUGGCUGCAGCCUUUCUCGACCAGCUUCUGACGAGCAAGAACUCGUCGUUUGACUUUGAGGAUGCCGUUGACUUGCAUCGACCCUUUUUAGAAUACAUUAAUCGGAGCUCAGUAAAGUUUAGUAGUUUUGUGAGGUGCAUUUAUAGGAGACGAGUGAACAUUGUACGUGGAGAAAAUGACAAACCGCACGCGGACAUUGGCACAUUAGCUAUACAAGAUUAUGGUCAAGAUUGA